AGAAAGAAGAAGAAAAAACUUCAUCACCAGAAUGACAAUCAUUCUAGCGAACACCAACCAGUCAUUAGCUCAUUGUGAAGAUCCCCCUCUCUAGUCUUCCUUUCUGGUAAAUGGCGCUUGUAUUCCCGUCUAUUUCAUACUUGCUGUUUGAUUUCAUUCUUGCAGUUGGGGUUUUGACGAAGAAUGCUUCAUCUCCAGAUCUUGUAAUCGCUUGAUCUAGCCGAGGAGAACUGAGAUGAGGAAGGGACUGACUUCUGUUGAUCCAUACCACAAAGCCUGUGAGGUGAUUAGAUCCUCGCGUAAGUGGUUGGCUUAAUUUAUUGUUUCCUGCUGCUGCAAGUGUCUGUAUCUUCUGUGAUCUGUACUCUUUUUUAAAACCAUUCAAUCAACACACCUGCUGGGCUCACUUGAAGGAAACUUGAACGAAUUUGCCCCUAGUGAUGAUCAAACAGAUACUCAACAGGCUCCCCCGGAAGCCCUCUAAGUCAUCUGAAAGUCGUGAUGGAGGAACCUCUUCUUUUCCGUCAAAUGCCUCUUCAAGUACAAGAAGCGGCGACUUGUCAGGUUCGCGGUCAGGGAGUUUGAAUGCUACUUCUCUUGCAGGGAUCAAUUUCAGUUCUACCUCUGGGGCAAACCAUGGAAAUAAACUUCCCAAUGCCUCAAUGGUUAGGGAGAAUGGGAGUUCAGCCGUUUUCCAAUAUGAACCAUUGCCUAAUUUUAGAGACGUUCCCUCUAGCGAGAAGCAAAACUUGUUCAUAAAGAAGCUUAACAUGUGCUGCAUUGUGUUUGAUUUCACUGACCCGACAAAAAACAUGAAGGAGAAAGAUAUAAAGCGACAGACCUUGAUGGAGCUUGUUGAUUAUGUUGCCUCAGUGAAUGUGAAGUUCACAGAAACUGCUAUGCAAGAAAUCAUAAAAAUGGUAUCCACUAAUCUGUUCAGAUCACUUACCCCUCAGCCUCGUGAAAACAAGAUUUUGGAAGCUUUUGACUUGGAAGAAGAGGAACCGAUGAUGGACCCUACAUGGCCGCACCUGCAAAUUGUGUAUGAAUUCCUUCUCAGGUUUGUGGCAUCACCCGAGACAGAUGCCAAAUUAGCAAAGAGAUACAUUGAUCAUUCUUUUAUCAUUAGGCUCCUAGAUCUCUUUGAUUCAGAAGAUCCAAGAGAAAGGGAGUACUUGAAAACAGUUCUCCACCGCAUUUAUGGAAAGUUCAUGGUACACCGCCCCUUCAUCAGGAAAGCAAUCAAUAAUAUAUUUUAUCGGUUUAUUUUUGAAACUGAGAAACACAAUGGGAUCGCCGAGCUGUUGGAAAUCCUGGGCAGUAUAAUUAAUGGCUUUGCCUUACCACUGAAGGAAGAGCAUAAACUUUUCCUUGCCCGAGCCCUUAUCCCGCUUCACAAACCAAAGUGCAUACAGAUGUACCACCAACAGUUAUCUUACUGCAUCACACAGUUUGUGGAAAAGGAUUGCAAACUUGCUGAUACAGUCAUUAGGGGUUUGUUAAAGUAUUGGCCUGUUACAAACAGCUCUAAGGAGGUCAUGUUCUUAGGUGAGUUGGAGGAGGUAUUGGAAGCAACACAGCUUCCUGAGUUCCAGCGCUGUAUGGUUCCUUUGUUCCGCCAAAUAGGUCGCUGUUUGAGCAGCUCACAUUUUCAGGUGGCUGAGAGGGCAUUGUUUUUAUGGAACAAUGACCAUAUCGAGAGCCUAAUCAAACAAAACCGCAAGGUCAUACUGCCAAUCAUCAUCCCUGCUUUGGAGAGAAAUUCCAGAACCCACUGGAACCAAGCAGUUCAGAGUUUGACACUGAACGUCCGCAAGCUCUUCUCAGACAUUGACCCAGAGCUAUUUGAGGAGUGCUUGCAGAAAUACCAGGAAGAUGAAUCCCGCGAGCAGGAGGUGAAGGUGAAGCGGGAAGCAACUUGGAAGCGGCUUGAAGAUCUGGGCGGGAUAAAAGCCGCAAGCAAUGAGGCGGUUCUUGUCUCUCCAAGGGGGGUAGCCAAUCGUGGUGUGAUGACGACAUCUGGUUAAAGAUCAGUCCAGACACAUAAACACAUUUGUCUGUAUCACAUAAAGACUGACUGAGUGAAAAAUGUGAAUCAUCAUCAUCAUCAUCAUGAACAACAACAACAAUGGCCUUGUGGUAAAGAGGAUGGAUCACUAACUCUCACAAGUCACAACCACUGAAGUUUCUCAGAUUGAAGAGGAGGGGCUGGGCUGUACAUAGGGAAGGAGGGAAUUGGGGUUGAAAUAGUUUCUCUCAAUAUUUUUAUAGCUUGAGUCAACUUUGGCAUUCUCUUUGUUUGUCUGAGAAUUUAAGGGCGGCUUCAUUUUGCAGGACCCCCCCUCCCUACUUCAUCCUUCUUCUUGAAUAUUUUUAGUCUUAUUCUGCAGAACUUCUAUUAUACUAUAUACAUACAUUCAUCCCUAUCUGUACCAUCUUCAUUAUUAGACACUGUUUCAGAUGAGAAGUUUAAGAAAGUUUGCCUGCUUCA